AUGAGGAAUUGCGCAUAUUCGUCAUUGAGCAUUCUCGUAUCGCUGGCCGCCAUUCUGUGUUAUGCUGAAGACACCUGUCCAGGUGAGCUAUGAAUGAUCCCUCACCCUAAUCAUUGAUUUUAUAUUAUUACUGAUUGGAGACGUUCACGUAGAGUUAAUUCAUUAAACAGUAAAGUAUUGUGAACAAAUUAUUUAGACACAUUUUUGGAAAACUUACUUUAAAAAUGUCAUAUUUACUACUUACAAUUAUGAUAUAAGUUUUAAAAAGUGAAAAAAAUAAAUAAAUAAAACCAAAGUUAAUGUGAACUCUCGUGUUCGGUGUGAAUAAAACUAUAGUUAUAAAAACAAUCGUCCUACAUAACAGCAUUUCCUCGCCUUGAAUGUCAGUCAGAGCAAAGUGAUUGAUUGGCUUGAAAACUAAUCAGGCAAGUCUCAUUUUUCAUGGGCCUCGUCCAAUAAUGUCUAUAAACCUACAUUUACAGUAUUUAUGUUUUAUUUACUGGGAAAAUCCAAUUGGUUGUCGGAUCUCUCGACAGACGAAUGCGUGCAUGCAUGGACAAAUGAAUGGGUAGAUGGAUGGGUAAGGUUAAAAUCAGCAAGCACAGGCAAUUAUUUCUAUAGAAUGAAGAUAUAAAAUAAGAGAUGAAACUAAGAUCUUCUAAUACCUUUUAUUGGACUAACAACAUUUUGAAAAGACAAGCUUUCAGGAGAUCCUCCCGUUGUCAUUUCUAAAACUGAGAGAGUGAGAAAUGCUUAAGAUUUGAGAAACAAAAGAUCUACCGAAACCCUGCCAAAAUUCCAAAAAUACCUUAAAAAAAGGUAUUACUAGAUACCAAUUUCAUCAGUUAUUUUACAUCUGCAUCACUGGACUAAUACGGCUAAAAUUUCAAAUCCAAAUCUUGAAUGAAGGAAAGUUAUAAAUAAAUGGAAUAUACAGCCCUUCUAUACAGCCAAACAAACAUUAUAAUGUAACGUAACGUUACGGUCACUGAUCUUUACAUUAUAAUGUUUCUUAUCAUGUAGUCAAUAAAUAACUAAUUGUAGUGACUCGAGAACCAGUUUGGAAGAUGUUGGAUAAAAUUAUCGUGUUUGUAUUUAUCUCCAGUUCACCAGGCACGUUUAUUUUUUAUUUUCAGUUUACUAAUUUGGACUAGAUUUUUAAGCCUAUUCUUAAGUUACCGCAAAUCCUUUUUAGGUUAAUAGAACUCAAUAUCUUUUGUAAAAUAUGAUUUUGACACCGGAAAGAAAAAAUGCACAAAUUAAUUAACGAGUGUAAGUUUGCAGACAAAACUAUUGAAACCUAUGAUGUCGGAAAGUGCCUUGGAAAUGUAAUUAUUAUUCAUGUUCUAAGUAAUAUUAUUAUCAUUUUUAUAGUGAAAUUUCCACAGAGUUUUACAAUUAUUCUAUGAGACGUAGACGAGUAGAUCUAUGACGUCAAGAAAGCCUUGCUCAAAAGAGCUGACAAUCUGAAUGUGAUUAAUAAGAACAGAAUGAUCCUUACAGUUGUUAUCUAUGAGGCUUAUUUACUAAACAGCAUAUUGUAAUAAUUUAAAAAUCAAAUCGCAAAUUUAAAGGAAAAACAGCUGAUUUAAAAAUAUUAUUUAACUGCACUAUAAUCACAGCUUGUCUAUUUUAAUCUAAAACAGUUUGUAAAUUACUACAAUUUGAUAUUCAGUGAAUUAACCCCUAACUGUUUAAAGAUAUAUAUAUAUAAUGAUGUAUUACUCUCUUGUCAGAUGUGAAGCUUAUUGGCGUUGGCGAGUCGGACAAGCUGGCCAUUUUGCGAGGAUGUCCAGGAAUUCCUGGAACACAAGGAAUACAGGGAGUGCAAGGACCAGCAGGACCUAAAGGUGAUAUCAGAUGUAUCGACCCAGAGGUUAAUUAUCAUAAUGAUGUCACAUUGCAUUUUCCAGUUAUAAUGUAUCCAGUCCAGGAAUCCUGAGAAUCCAAAAAGUCACAAUGUAAAAUGGUUUUGGAUAAAAAGUAUUCUACUAACCCCUAUGGUGACUUAUUUGUAGGAGAAAAUGGCUCGCCUGGAACUCCCGGGAAGAUAGGACCAACAGGCGUUAAAGGUAAAAUAACGCUAUAGUAAUAUAUGGGCAGAAUACUACAUUAGAAUACAGAAUAUGGGAUCACAUUUCAUUAUCAUUGUAAGGUACAUAUUGAAAUGUUAAUAAAUCACUAAAUUAAUACACUUUUUCUACUGUCAUGUCAACUGUAUACAGCUGUUUAUAUAUAUAUAUAGAGAGAGAGAGAGAGCGAGAGUGAGAGAGAGAGAGAGAGUGAGAGAGAGAGAGAGAGCGAGAGUGAGAGAGAGAAAAAGAGAGAGAGCAAUAGAAAUGUAAUCUGCAUUUCAAGAUGUUGGAAGAGUCCAAUUAUUCCUCAGUUACGGAAAUUUUAACUCAAAUUAAUCAUCAAGGAAUUAUAGAAAAAGCGGGUUUUAUUUUAACAACAGUAAUAUCCCGAAGUAUAAUAAAAUUUGGUGUAGAUGAUUUGAAUAUUAUAAAAAGGAAACUCUACCCAUAACGAACUAACUGGGCAUAGAUUGCUUGGAACUGUAUAGACACAUCUGGAACCUUAUAUCAACCUAAUCCAUUAGAUGACUGCUCUUUGAUACUUCUCCCCCCAUACCUCCCCAGUGCAUAACCCGAUCACCCCCUCACACUAAAUUGUAAGUAAAGUAGCACUAAUUUAGGAUGUGUUUUACAUGCAUGUGGAUUAUCUGUACAUUAUAUGGCAUUGCGAAGUUUAUAAUACCAAUAAUUAUAGUGAAUCUUCAAUAUUAUGAUAGAUCGAGGAAAUUUACUAUCUAUAAUUUAUCUCUAUUUCAAAAAUAAGUUUUUAAUAUUGGCCUCUGCACUGCCAUGACAAGUUUGUACAUAAAUAUAUUAUGUCUAUGUCAGAAACACUUAUAUUUCUGACUGUUAUGUCUUUUCACAUCAUUGUAUGUAUCUAAUUAUGUCAUGUCUUGUCAGAAAGUUAAUUUCGGAAAAUUUACAAAACUUAAUCGUUCAAUGACAAUGUUUCUGACUGUUAUGUCUUCUUUAUAUUGAAAUAUAAUAAAGAUGUUUUUAUUAAAAAAAAAAAAGAAAUGUAAUGUGCUAAAUCUGAUACAAUCACCAUAGAAUUUAGAUUUUGAAUGUAGAACCUUAUCCCAGAAUUAAAGAGCAGAGUCGUCAUCAGGGGGUAAAGCUGGUACCCAGGUAAGGGCUUUGGCAAUACGCUGGGUGCCAUCUAUGCAGGUUGGUUGGGUUCUAACACAGCGGGCCCCUUACCUCAUGCUUUCAUUUCACCCACAUGGGGCAUCGACUGCAACUUCUCCACCCCAACCACCGCAGAAGGAACCACGUGGGUGUGAAAGGAAUAGACUGCAGCACUGGUUCAGCCCAUUCCCCACUAGACACCAUGAAAGUCAUUGCCCUGCAGCAAUGGAUAGACAUAAAAGGAAUAUGGGUAGAACCAAGAUGGAUCGUGUGUAAAAUAAAUCUCUGGCCAUGUGUUGAUGUGUGUACCUGUGUGAGCGGGUAUCAAGCAGUGUGUUCCUGUGUCUGAGUAUAUUACUGUACAUUGUGUGUCUGUGAAACUCUCUCUGUGUUGGGGAAUGUUUGUGUAUGCACGUAUGUGAGAGCUUGGAAGAGCCCAGUCAGUGGAUUUUAAGGGGCCCCAAAGCUUCUGAAGCCAGCCAUGGAUGUGCAAGUCACUGAAUGAGCAAGAUACGUGGUCCAUACAUUGUCACUGCAUGGCCCCAAUCCAUGGUCAGUAAAUAUCCACAUCCCACAUUGAAAGGGGUGGAAAGGACCUACUGAGGGGCUAAUAAUUAUAUAGAUUUAAUUCUCUUCCACAGGUGAUAAAGGGGCCACAGGCGCACAAGGACAAAAAGGUAAUAAAUAGGUAAAUUCAGGAUAAACUCAGACUUGUGGAUGCAAAUAGUAGAUACAAAUUUAUAAAGAACCAAGUAAAGAUCAAACAAUAUUGCUUCUAGAGUUGUGUAUGUGUGAAAAAAUUUAUUUUAGUUCAUUCUAUUUCAAUUUUUUCAUUUUUAAGUUUCGGAACGUCUAAAUUUUGGAAAUUAGCGUUUAAGAACAAAUCUAAAUUCGGAAAAAUUUUGGAUCCAAAACAAUGCAAUUAUUAUUUUCCAAAGGAUACCAAAUUAGGGCUCUGUUAAGCCAAUCCUGGGUGGGUGAAGAGGUGCACAGUACCCAGGCGCACUGAUAGGCUCCGUCCGUCACGUUAGGCUCUCCUCUUGCACUCGGCUCUAGGCUCCUGGGACACAGUUAGCUCUGUUUAGGGGAGCACAAAGCACCAAAUCUCACACCAGAACACCUGGUAACAGAUUCCCCCCUACCUGGCCCAAGGUACGCCCUACUACUACUACAGCCCCUUAAUCCCUACUACAGCUGCAAACUCCUACUAAAGCCCCUUACUUCCUAUAACAGCACUCACCCCCUACUAGAGCCCCUAACUCCCCUACUACUCCCUACAGCACCUAACUACCCACUACAGCCUGUCUCUGCUACUACAUCCCCCUAAUCCCUUUACAGCCCCUAAUCCCCUACUAAGGCACCUUACUUCCUAAUACAGAUACGCUUUUUGUUUGCAAAUCUGGCACUGAAGAAAGUGGGUGACAUGUUACCUGGUGAAAUUGGGGGGCCCGAAGAGGUGGAGCGGUUGCCAUAGAAAAUAGGUGUGGUUAGAAGUAUUAUGUUUGUGAAGGGGCACCAAAAAUAUUCUUGCACCCAGGCAUCAGUGACAAUAGAAUCGGCCCUGUAAGGAGCUCUCUAGUAAACACACCUGUCUAAAAAGAUCUCAAUUAAUCAAAUGUCUUUUUUCUUUCAACUACUUAGACGAUAACUCCCUAAUUUGCUAUUCUGACUGAUUACAGACUUCAUCUACUAAGAUAAUGAAACAGUAAAAUUACAAAAAAAAGGGGGUGUUUUUUGUGCUAACUUUGCCCUUUUAGCUGUUUAGUAGAUAGCUCCCUAAUUUGGUGUCCUAUCAUUACGUGUGAUUGCCAUAGUUAAGGGUACCAAAUUAGAAACGUAUCUACUAAGCAACUGCUGGAGAAAAUUGAAGAAAUAGGUAUUUUCUUAUUUUGUUCUCUAGGGUGCAACUUAAAAACAAAAUGUAAAAAAAUUUAAAAAAAAAACCUUCUGUUUUUUGUAAAGAAUUUGGAAAUUCAGACACUUGCGAAAUGCUGAAUUCGGAUGAAAUUUGAUUCGGAAUGAAACAAAUUGCACGUGUCUAAUUGUAAAAGAAGAAAGCUUAGCGUCUGUUUCUUUAAUUUAAAUACAUGUUUAAUUGAAGAGGAACUGAAACAAUUAUUGGGGAAUCUAGGGGAAUCCACUAAACGUUUUAGUUUUAACAUAAAACAUUUACAAUGUGUAAUGUAAUUUUAUCAACGCUGCAUUUAUUAACUCCCAAUGCUAUUACAGAGCUGUUUCUAGUGAUACAAUAUAUAAUGUCUCUAUUUAAACAUAAUAAAUAAAUCCUUGAUUUACAGAGUAACUUUCCAGAAUGAAAAUAUUACAUGUUUUACAAUAUUUUAUAAAAUGCUUUAUUUAUGUUUCUAAAUAUUUCUUUGUUCAGGUGACAAAGGAGAUCCCGGGGUACCUGCCCCUGGAAGUAAGUAUCACAUCUUGUAAAUACAUAGAAAUCCAUUUUAUUAUACAGUAAAACUGACAUGAAAUGGCCUCUUUAGGUCUAAAGUAAUUAUUUGUUCCAUUAAUUAUAAUCAGAGGUAGUUUAUAUUUUAUACUAAUAUGAUUUAACACAUGUAAGAUUCAGUUGCCGCCUAUUAAAAAGUAAUUUCUGUUAAAGUCUGGCAUUUUGAAUGUUUUAAUAAGCAGCAAUAUUUACUCUCCCUUUUUGAUUGGCUGCGUUAAAUUGAAUCAGGAAGUCAAACAGCUAACCGUCCAAUCAGUAUGAUCCUCUCUCUUUCUUUCUCCUCCAGCUGCCCAGAACUGUAAGGAGCUCUUGGACUAUGGAGCUUCUCUGAGCGGUUGGUACACAGUAUACACAAGCAAUGGGCUUCCUCUCACUGUGUACUGUGACAUGGAGACUGACGGAGGAGGAUGGCUAGUAAGUAUGGCCACUAAGUUUUACUUUCCUAGCAGACUACAGCUAAGGCAUACAUUAGACAGGUUGGUAAAACAGGCAAUAUGAGGGAGAGUUUCCAAGAAAAAAUAUGUUCUACCAGCAAGAUUAUUUUAACUUGCAUUUCCACUUAGGUCCACAAGGGGUCGCUGCACUAUUGUUCUAUGUAACAUUGUCACCAUAACUCUGGAUUUAUGAUUUUUUUAAUUUAUAAGAACCAGGGCUUAACUCACCAGAGCUUAUCCUUUAAGAGGAAAUGUAAUAAGGAACAUACAAGAUUAGGAUUGUUUUCAUAAAUGGUCGCAUAUACAUGGGACAGCCUUCCAGGACAACAGGGAGACAUUAAUUCAGAGAUAAUAUAUAAGAAUAUGGAAGGAGCAGGUUAGAUUGGCUAAUUGGCCAUAUUUGCCAUGUAACCUGCUCCCUGCGACCAAUGAUAAACUUAAUUCCCCGAUCACGGACCAUCUAUGAGAACAAGGUCACUCAAAUAGAGAGCAGAACAUUUACCAUUGCUUGGAAUCUAUUAGGCUAACUACUAACCUUUUACAUGAAAUUAGGUUUUCCAGAGAAGGAUGGAUGGGUCGGUGGAUUUUUUCCGAGACUGGAAUUCCUACAAGCGAGGGUUUGGCCAUCAGACUAGCGAGUUCUGGCUGGGGAACGAUCAUAUUCACCAACUUACGUCCACAGGUAAUAUUCAUGUUUCCUACUGCAAGAACCCACUGUGGUUCCAAACCAGCUUUUUACAUAUAAGAAAUAGAGCAGAACAUUUAUCAGACACCUCAGAUGAAUAGUUAGCACACUGGCGUAGUUAGAAUAAUUAAUUAAAUAGUAUGUGUUAUUUCAUUCAAUGGGCAAACUCCAUCAUCUUAUAAUCUGCUGGCCACCUAAUCCUUCUCGAACUGCAGUGCAGCAAGGAAGGAAGGAAGCCAUGAGAUAGAGGUACGAGGUGCCGGAGCCCCAAUUUCAGGGUUAAACCAUUGUAAAACAGUUUAAUCCUGAAGGUAAGAAGGAUUCUUGUAACUCCUGCACCCAUAGCAACUUAAAAACGUUAAUUUGUUAUGGAGGAAGGAAUGUUCCUUUAAUUAUGGUUUCAUGGGUUCGUUUUUGUUUUACAUUUAACAUUAACCCUAUGUAUAAACGGGGCUGGGAGGGAAUGGGAUAUUCCUUAUAAUUUAAUGAGAGAGUUGUGACAAUUUAAAAUAGCAGUUGAUUUGUAGAAUUGUUUGAAGAUGGUAAUUUUGGUCUAAGUAUUCCAAAUCAGUCUUUGAUACCCAACGUCACUGCUAUGAAAAUAUCCAUAAAUCUAAUUUCAGACUUCGUGUCACUUUCCUUCCUCUAAAAUUAAACAGAAUAUAACUCCUCCUGGCAGACACCCAAACAGAUACAUAAACAAACCUCGACCGUGUCCGUCAGUAUGUGAUUGCACUUAGUGCUUUAUUCCAUGUUCACCUUCUAUGGAUUCUUUAUAAAACAUGUUGUUUUGCCCAGCGCUGCACGUAAUAAAUAAUAAUUCACUUUUCUGAUAGGAACAUACGACCUCCGCUUCGAUUUCAUGGAUUUUGAAAACAACAGAACUUACGCCACAUACAGCAACUUCAAAAUCGCAGGGGAGAAUCUGAAUUACACUCUGAGUUUGGGGUCAUUCAUUGGAGGGACCGCAGGUAUGACAGACACAGGUUGACUGUGUAUUGUGACCAAAGGCAUAACUAGAAACCACCAGGCCCUGGUGCAAAUGCCCGGUGGGCUGCGAUGUCCAUGGGCCAAGGCCGGCAGCGGAGGUCACAGGAUUUCCCCGGCCGGUCCAUGAAGGGCCAGCACUAUCUGAGAGCCGAAUCCGCUGUUUUCCAUGACAGGCCGGUGGGGAGAUCAAAGAUCUCCCUGACCAGCCCACAUGCAGUGUGAUGCAGCCACCGGCUGGGGAGGAAGACAGUCAGGAGAGGAACCCGGAGGAGCUCUGGCUUGCAGCUCCGCCGGGUUCCUCUCGUGAGAUCCGGAGUGUUGACACUCAGAGCACCCUCACUCACACACACCCACUGCACCCUCAGACACACAGCUUCCUCACACGCAAAUAGCACCCUCACUCAAACACAGCACCCUCACACACACUGCACCCAUCACUUAUACACAGCACACACACACUGCACACCUUACCCACACAGCACCCUCACACACACACUGCACCCCUCUUGCACACACACUACACGCCUCACACACACACUGCACAUACUCUUUCCUGGCAUUUCUUUCUCCUGGUAUCCCAUAUAUGGAGACACCAGAGACAAAUUUCUAGCAAACACAGUGCAAGCGUGUUAUUAAGUUUGCUUGCGCUGUGCAGAACAAAUACAGGACCUUUUUCUAAUGCUAGAGCUUUUCAGAAGAGCUCUGCGCAUGGUCAGCAUUGAACCAACAUGCUCACUUUGUGAUGGGGAGUGCUUGUCAUUUGUGAUGACAAAACACAACCUAUCUAGCACUGACCCCCCUUCAGUAAGCCGCUGUAAUAAAAAAAUGCCUGCGCCAAAUUUUCUUACCAGUCCGGCCCUGCUGCCCCAUCCCCUCCAUGUGUCUCAUUCCCCCCACAGCCCUUCCGUGUGUCUUUACCACCCCCCAACCCAUCCAUGUAUAUCAUUCUCACCCCAGUCCCUUCAUGUGUCUCAUUCUCGCCCAAGCCCCUCCAUGUGUCUCAUUCUCAUAUCUCUUGGAAGUGAUGUGGCAUCAGCUGUCCCAGUACAUCUGUCAGAUAUAGAAAUCUAACGGACGUACUGCACAUGUGCGCGACUGCUAUGGCCCUGAGCAGUGAAAAAACAGAUUAAGAAAGCAGGAAGGAAGCAGUUUCUCGUAAUAACAUGCCAUCAUACAGUGACUGAGAAUCAGACAGGGUAAUACUAUGUAGCUGUCUGUCUGGGGGUGUCAUGGGUAACACUGCUCCCUAGCAGCUGUCUGUCUGUCCAGUGGCGGAUCCAGAGCAUGAUCUAGGGAGGGGCACUUGUAGAUUAUUUAAAGAAAUAUCAAUGAAAAUCUAGCAGUGAAGCGCUUAGUGUCAAUACAGUGCAAGUUCUAUCUAUAAGACUUGUGCAGUGAAUUCAACAAUAAACAUGCAUGUAUACCUUUUAUAGGUGUCUAUAGUAGAGUCUUAUUAAAGUGUAUCGUUCCUUUAAAACAUAAAAUGAAAACACAUCAUAGUAUAGACUGUAUGAAAAAUGAAAUUACAAAGAUAAAGACAAGUCACCACUCACAAUUUAAUGAGCUAAAAGGUAUAGCUCAAUUAAUACACUUUUGGGGUCCGUUGAGGCGAUCCAUUCCCUUCUUUUAGGAGAGAAGCUUGAUGUCUUUAUCCUAAAUUGUGAAAGAGAACAGAUAUGGUGCAAUAUUGCAAUAUUCCUUUAAAUGGUGAGGUAUAAGGGUAAAUCGUACUCACAAACCCUGAGCCUUCCGAUUAGGCUCAAAUCAGAUAGCGUAUGUGGUUAACGACCACAUUCCUUCUUUUCAAUAGCAGGAAAAAAAUAUUAUUGCCUUAAGUGUGUAAAUUUGUGAGCAUAGGACUCUUGAUUAUUGGACUUCAAUGUGUGUGUUUUUUAUUUUGUAUUUUAUUGUUAUUUGAUUGUAAUAAAAUAUAUAAAUUGUUACAUUUACACACUUAAGGCAAUAUUUGUGUGUGUGUGUGUGUAGUGUGUGUAUGGGGGCAGUGUUUGUGGGGCAGUGUGUGUAUGGGGGCAGUGAUUGUGGGGCAGUGUGUGUAGUGUGCCUAUGGGGGGCAGUGUGUGUAGUGUGUGUAUGGGGCGUGUUUUGGGGCAGUGUGUGAGUGUGUGUAUGGGGGCAGUGUUUGUGGGCAGUGUGUGUAUGGGGGCAGUGAUUGUGGGGCAGUGUGUGAAGUGUGUGUAUGGGGCAGUGAUUGUGUGGGGCAGUGUGUGUAUGGGGGUGUGUGGGGCAGUGUGUGUAGUGUGUCUAUGGGGGCAGUGUUUGUGGGGCAGUGUGUGUAGUGUGUGUAUGGGGGCAGUGAUUGUGGGGCAGUGUGUGUAGUGUGUCUAUGGGGCAGUGUUUGUGGGGCAGUGUGUGUAGUGUGUGUAUGGGGGCAGUGAUUGUGGGGCGGUGUGUGUGGGGGCAGUGUUUGUGGGGCAGUGUGUGAAGUGUGUGUAUGGGGCAGUGUGUGAAGUGUGUGUAUGGGGGCAGUGUUUGUGGGGCAGUGUGUGUAUGGGGGACAGUGUUUGUGGGGCAGUGUGUGUAUUUAAUUAAAAUAAAUAUAUUGAUGUCCCCCCUCCCUUAUUACCUUUACUGGGAGGAGGGGGACAUUUCUAAGUCCCUGGUGGUCCGGUGGGUAAUCCCUGGUGGUCCCAGUGGUAGGAGUGAACUCUAGCCCACGCUCCAGGGCUAGAGUUCACUCUUGCGAGAUUUGGAGCGUUGCCGUGAUAAUCGCGGCAACGCUCCAUGCUCGCGAGAGGAGGACCCGGAGGAGCUGUAGGCCGAGCUCCCGGGUCCUCUCUCCCUCUGAUCUCUGAUAUUUCCUGUGGUCUGUAAAGGCACAUUUCAGGGCUGGCGCUUGGACAAUGCCAGCCCUGCAUUAGCAGGCAGGGGAGAAUCUCGGGGGGGGGCAAUUGCCCCGUUGCCCCCCCCCGGAUCCGCCACCGCAUCUUUGUGGGGGGGUGUCAUGAGUAUAGCCCAGUGUUAUAGCUUGUAUAGCUGUCUCACCAAAAUACUAGUCAAGGGUGAAUAAGAAUAGCUUUUAUUUUCACACUAUCACUCAACAGGAGGUUCCCAGGGAGAACGAAAGAACAGUGACAUACCCGUCACCUUGGUAUCUGUAGCUAUAUGGAUAAUUUAAUUAGCGACGAGACACCUUGGCACCAUUUAACCAAAACAGUAAGAAUACAAUGUCCUUUGCCCAAACAAACAGUGCCCCAUGAAAGAUUUCUUCCGAGUGCCCACUCUAUCCAAAAAGCUCUUGGAUCGGAGAUGGCUUGCCUGACUUAGGUGGAAGUUAAGAUUUCAGAGGCCCGCUGCUCUCCCCCUGAUUCAUUGCAGAGUUCCAGGCCGCUGGGUGGUCACCGAAAACUACAGCACUUUUUGGGGUACAUGGCACUCCCUGAAGUCUAAGGUGUUGCUGGAUGCCUCACUAUUUCCUCUAUUACCCUGAGAGACAGCCACUAGAAGCAGUUUUAACCCUCUCUGAAAACUGUAGUGUUUUCACUUAUGGGACACUGCGCUCAGACCACUUCAAUGAGUGUGGGUGACUCACUGAGAUCAUUUUGGGAACUGCAGAAAUACCUAACAGACUAUUUAAAUAUAUGGAGACGGGUGGGGGUCACAGAACGCAGGCAUCCUGCUCGUUAUAUAGGAUAUCUGUGUAUGUUAAACGUUUGAGUACAUGUCACUGGAAAGUUUAUAUAUUUAAGGGGCUGCGCUAGUUGUUUACACAUCGUCUUCUCCUCCAUUUACAGGUGACUCCUUCUAUGUUCAUAGAAACACACAGUUUUCUACCAAAGAUAGAGAUAAUGACCGUCAUAACACGGGUAACUGUGCAAAUAUUUACAAAGGUGCCUGGUGGUAUACUGCAUGUCAUUCAUCAAACCUGAACGCACUGUAUCUGCGGGGAAAUCACACUAGCAAUGCCAAUGGGGUAAACUGGAAGUCAGAUCGUGGUCACAAAUACUCAUAUAAGAUAUCAGAGAUGAAGAUCCGACCUCAGUCUAACUAA